AAAUUUGAAUAUUCAUUUUAAAUCGAGUGACUUUUUAUAUUUUUCAUAUAAAUCGUGAUUUAUUUUUAACGUCACUGAGAUCGCUAAUGUUCCCAGGAUUUUAAAUGCAUCAAGGAUUUAUUCAAAUGUGUCCUUGAUAUUUGUAAUAUUUUAUUUAUAGAAUUUAAUAUUUUUUUUUAACUUUUUAUAUUUUUAAUCGGUGGUAUUGACAUUUUUUUUUUGUUAUUUUUAUAAAUUGGAGAAAGCAAGUGAGUUUGAGUCAUGACGUAGCUACAGUAACCGGUUUAGGGUUGAGGGGACUGUACUGGACACUAAAAUCAAGAUGUGGACACUGUUGCUGGUGAUAACGCUGUCCAGUGAAGCGUGGACACAAAGCAACUAUGCAUCCCAAGGCAAUAGUAUUGAAUAUCAACCAGGAUUACCACCAAGCACAAUACUCGAUGGCAAAGUUACUAAAUUGGACGAGCUGUCGCCGAUAAUAUUUCUCAAUCGUACAAAGGCUUAUUUGAAUUGUAGUCAAGGUAGUAUGCAGGUGGAAUUAAAGUUUGAUGAGCCAUUCUACGGUGUUGCCUACGCUGAUUUCGAUCGUAACAGCGCCUGCAUGGUAAAGGGACGUGGGUUUAAUUAUGCUGAAUUGGAACUGCCUUUAAAAGGAUGCGGUACAAAACAAGAUCCUCAGCGUGUUUUUACCAACAACAUUGUGGUACGUUUUCAUCCGGGACUCGAAAUGGAUGGGGACGAAGUUAUUACGAUAAUAUGUCGUUAUCCACCGCCAAUAACACCAAAACCAUCAAUAGCCCAACAAGUAUUGCCACCAAUACCCGCAGAAGGAGGAGUACCCGAGCCGCCAUUAAAAGGUUUUCAAAUUUUGCUAACAAUUUGUGCUCUCCUUUUCCUCUCAUUGUUACUUCUGGGACUGGGAUGCUCGUAUUUGUGUUUAAAACGACGCAAUAUCCGGGUAGUUCAUCGACAUCCAUUUGGAAGUGCAACAGGAUCUGAAAUAACAAAAUUAUCCGGGUCUUCGCUCGGUCAUCUUUCGAUGUUUGAGGGUCUUAAAAUACCACGUGCCCACACAUUAUUACACACGGCUGCCUCUUCUUCAGGUAGCGAGGCAAACCUUGUAAUCGAUCAUUCAGACACUCUUCCAAGCGAUUACCCAAGCGAGAGUCACUCCGAAGUUGGUAUGGAGACAACAAACGCCUACGGUUUUGAUGAAAUUAUACACUCGACUCGUUCCACAACGUCAUUGACACCUGGACUAUCCCAAAUCGAUGAAGUACGCUCACUUCCGCCUUCUUCAAUGGAUUCUUAUGACAACAAAGCUUAUAUACAUGAUCACCAAAAUAUACAUGCAAGUUCAUUAUAUUCUGAAACAAUGACCGAUAUUGAUUCAACGCGAGCAACAACUGCUACGUCACGAAUUACCACUCGACAUCCGAUAGCGGGUUCUGUGGAACCGAAAUUCGAUGUGCAAAUGAGGGUUAAGCGAGCUCCACCACCACCAAGUCCAUUGCCGUCAGAAUCUGAUGCCAGUAUUGCUCUAGAGCGUAAUUUAACGACAAUCUUGGAACGAGAAGAAACAAUUCGUUCAAUGGAAAGUCCUACCCCGCGUAUGACAACGUUCUCAUAUGUACCAGAGCUUCAUAGUCCCCCUAGUAGUAUGAUAUCCCGUCAGCAGACACCGCCAGUUUACUCGAGAAUCUUACGUAAACAAGCAGAACGUGAGAAUCACGAGAUAAUAAAUGGAUCAACAGUACAACAAGGAUCACCUGCUACGACUCUACACCGUCCGCGUUCUCUGACAACACUUGAAGAGUACACGGAAACGAGGACAAUGACCGAAAUGACAGAUGCGUCACACGCCAAAUACAGAGUCGCAAGUAUAUUAGCACCUACACCACCACCACCACCUCCAAUAGUACCAACAACAACAACCCACACAUCAACAUCUAUUCAGCAGCGUGAACAUAUUCGUGAGGAGGUUGAACCCCUCGUUGAGCCAGUCGUUGCACCUAGACGUCCUGAGAUAACGACGCACGAAGUUGAUGACGUAUUUUUACGUACCGUCACUGAGAAAAAAACAAUAGAGGAUGUUGAACGUCACAAGCGACAAGUCACUGAAUACUAUGCCCGUAAACCAGAUCCUAAAUGGGAUGUUACAAUUCGCAAUUAUCCCGCAGAUGAAAUUCCACCAGCACCACCGCAGUGGGAAAAUUUCUCAGAUGUCAGUUCGGCAUCUAAUUUAACAAUAAUCAAUGAUCAUAUACAUAUGCGUUCUGCGGAUGAAGUUGAUUCGACGAUAGAACCAACGUACAGUCGCGCAGAAAUGCCAUCACGAUCGCCCCAUGGUUUGGAUUCCGAGAGUAUGGGUGAUCAGUGGGAGACACUUUCACGAGUACUAGAACCGCAGUAUGCCGGUGAAUUGACAGACGAUGAACGUGAAAAAUGGCGAGAAGUUAUUACCACAGAAAGUACUCUACGGACAUUACUGUCAGAGGCUGUUGUUAAAGAAGAUUAUGAAUUAAUUAGAAAAGAUGCUAGGUACCAGACUUUAUUCCCACCAGCAAAAUGGGAUGUUAUUAUAAGAAUAUUAAGUCCACCACCAGCUUCUUCAAUAGCAUCUAGUAAGAGUGGACAGAAAUACAAGCGUAGCAAAGGUUCGGAAUGGGACAGCAGAUCGAGAAGAUCUUCUUUGCCCACUUUAUAUGAGUAUGACAGUGAUGGGGGCACGUCUAUCAGGACUCAUGAUGUUCCGGGUGCACCGUCUGAAGAUCGUGCACGUCGUUUAAGUACAAUGACACGAACAGGAAGUGAAGUUGAUCUGAGAUCGGAAUCUGAGACUAUCAGAAACUUUAAAAUGCAAAGAGAUGACGUAAGUGUCAGCUCUUAUGAAGCGGAUUCAAUCGUCAGGUCACUAAGUCAACCCAGUUUAGCAAGAUCCUCUGAAUUUGCUGAACACUGGGGACUGCCGGCAAGAAACUUGCGCACUUGGGCACCUGAACCUGAAGACAUUGCCAGCUCGCCGGACACUACGCCGAUGGCCAUUAGACGAGGCGAUCGAGUUGAAGUCAUGACCUCCUUCGAUUCAGGCAACCAUCCUGGUCCAGGUGGACUUACCAGCACCUUCACCCGAUCCACGAGGUACUCGGAAAGAGAAACUGUACGAGUUACUGAAGCUCCCAGACAUUCUGGCUGGUUUCACGACGAUUCAGAACCCGAAAUGCAAAUUUAAAUAAUUUACGAACGAUUAUUAUUAACAGUUUUCUUAUUAAAGAUUUUCUUACUGUAAGAUCUUUUUUAAAGCACGAAUAAUUUCACUGAUCUUUAUUUGUUGAACAAACAAUUCAAUACCCAGCUAAAUUCGGUGCAUUGAUUUUCCCGAAUUAAAACAUACUGCUCAACUAUUUCCAAUAAUUGCGGAAAAUUUAAUUACCGACCUACAACUAAUUAAUUUAUUAUUUUAAUUAAUUUACCAUUUAAUUGAUAAUAUAUAUAUAUAUAUAUAUAUAUAUAUAUAUAUAUAUAUGUUGUUAAUUGCUGGUUAGAUUAGUGUAAUAAAUUUUUUUCCUUUUCAGCGACUGAAUAAUUUUGUUUGACAAAUCAAAGAUCAUUGAAUCGAAGCACCGAACUUGCCGAUUUUAUAAAUGAAUAGAUGAAUAUAUUUUUUAUUUAUAAUCUAUACAUUUACACUGCCCAGAGUUCCGUACUGACGAUGGAUUAUUUUGUUAUUAUAAAUAAUAAUAAUGAAGAACAAAAUAAAUCCACCAUUACAUUGCCGAUUUCGAAGACUUCGAUUCUUCAUUAAUCGAUACUGCAGUCAUUUUGAACAUACAUGUAUCUAUAUAGAUAUAUAGAUAUAUAUUUAAAUACUUUAGCGUACUGCCUAAUUUUUUUUAUCCUGCAUGCUUUUGUACCAAAUUUAUCCAUGUGAAUGGACCAGUACUUUUUAUACUUUUUAAUUUUAUAUAGAUCCGCAUUCGGACUAGAUCUGCUGGACUUUCCACUUGCCACUCGAAUAUUCAGUCUCCAAAUCGUCACAUUUUUUAUUCUCACCCCUUUUUAGAGAAUUAAUGUGUGUACUUUUUUAACGAGUGGGACUGUAGAGUCUGGCCUUGAGCCUCGAUGUAAAAAGAAAAUAAAUCGAGGCCGGUAUUUUAUGUCAUUUUUUUACUUCAUCAUCUAGAUAAUUAACAUUUGGACUAGACUUUUUUAAAAAAACGUUUUAUAAACGCUUUAACGUCAUCAUCAUUUAUUUUAUUCUAAUGAUUAUUGUCAUUAUAAUUUUUUAUUUUAUUUUUUAAAGAAAAAAUUUUUUAUGUUAAUGCAGGAAAAAAAAUGUGUAACUCGAUGUCAUUACAAUUACCCGCGUACUAGUGAUAAUAGUUAUGUAGGUCAAACUAAAAAAGAUACGGUGCUGGGUACGCUUCAUUUUAGUUUAUAAAACAGAAAAAAAAAAUAUUAAUAAUUAAUAUAAUAUUUUUUUUAUCUGCAAGAUCAAAAAAAAGCAAUUAAAUGAAUCACUACUGCGCAAUAACAUUUAAAUGGUAAUAUCUUGAAAGUAAAUAAAAAAUAUUUACAAGAGAAAAUAUUUUUUUAAAUUAUAAAAUCCAUUUAAACUAUUGCGAGUUCGCAAUCGUCAACUCAUUUUAAUUAACUUUUUAUAAAUGUCUGACUAAAAAAAUUAAUUUUAAAUAAUCAUGGCCUUUCAAGACACUGAUACUUAUAUUUUAAAUACUUAAUUACGGAGAGAAAAUUGAUCAAACAGUUUUUAUAAUAUAAUAAUAAUAAUUCUCAUACUUGUGGUAAUGAUUUUUUUGAUACAGGGGAGGGAGGAGAGGGAAAAUAAGAAUGUCUGUAAAAAAAUAAAAAAUUUUUUAAGUUUUCCCCAAGGUUAAAUUUAUAUUUUUUCUCUCAUAUUAAAAAUAGCUAUGAUAUAGUCGACUCUCUCUUUGUGGCCAUUCUGAAAAUGUCUGUUCUCCUAAUUUCAACAUUUAGUCGUUCUACCACCAAUGGACAGUCAUUAAUUUUUUAAUACCCUCUGUAUAUCCGUAACAAAUAUUUUACUCGCUCUCUUCAAGUGUCCGCAUAUAAAUUUAAUUAAUUUAAAUAAUUAAUAUAUAAUUAACAAAAUUAAAAAAAUUUAUAGCACUUAAUUGUAUGUCUAUGCGUUAGAGAGUAAUCAAAUUUCAAACAAAAACGCCAAUUUUUAUAAACAAAUAAAAGUUUGAGCUUCAAUAUCUCUUAAAUGGUUGGAUUUACGAAAAAAACAUAAGAGACCUUUUUUGAAGAGUUGUAAAUUUCCUACAAAAAUUAGCAUUAGUAAUAGCUGUACUCUUAUUUUUCAGCAAGUUAUAUAAUUUUUCUCAUUGCACUAAAAUUGGAAAGUAUCAUUAUUUAGACCGGGUUGAAUGGCAUUAAAAUAAACUUUUUUAUUUUUUAAAAUUAUUUUUGGGUCUCAAAUAAAUGAUUUGUACCAAGUAAAAUAAUCUAAUUUGUGAAAUAACGAACACCCUAAUAUAUGUAUAGUAUUUAUACAUGAAUAGUUUUUCACAGCAGCCAGAUUCAGAGCGGACACUUAGAGAGAAUCUAAUCUGCUAAUAAAAUCCACGACCAAAUCGAGAAUAACGAUAUGAUAGUGGGGAACUGUAUAUCUCAGAAAUAUAUUCCCCUACACCCCCAAAAUCGGACACUUUCAAAGAGUCGACUGUAUAUAAAAAUUUAUUUUUAAUUAUAAAUCAUAAAAAUUUUCAUUAAAUUAUUUGAAUAAAAAUUUUAAAAAAUUUUGAAAACAAUUUUGGGUGGCCCAAAUUGCCCGCAAUGUCCGUAUUGCCCUCGCAUGAGAUUUAUUCUCAUAAAAGAAACUGUUCAUAUAAUUUUCUCUCUGCAAACGCUUAGACUAUUGAUUUUAACAUAAAUAAAAAAUUAUUAAUUGUAUAAUAAUUAAAUUAAAUUCUUGCCAUGAUUUAAAUGUUUUUGACAAAAUUGUUAAAAAAAAAAAAAAUUACAAAAAACAAAAAAAAAGAGUCAAGGUGCUAAACUGUACAUAAGUUAACAUUAAAAAAAUAAAAAUAGUGAGUGAGGGACAUGAAAGUCAAAAAUAUGUAUUACUCGAGAAAAAUAAACAUAUAUUGUAACAUUAUAUUAACUUUAAAUAAUAAUAAUAAUAAAAUUUAAUGCGACUCAACACGAGACCUGUAUAUUCCACUGUACUCAACUUACAGAAUAAAUGUUAACGCUUCUACAUAAAAGCUCAUGUAACUUAAUCAUCCUUGUCAGCUAUUUUAUAAUAAAAUAAUAAAGAAAUGAUAAAAUUAACAUACAAACAAGUAAAUAAAUAAAAAAAGUUAAUAAACUGUAAAUUGAGUUUGUAAGUAGCAGUAAAUUUAAAAUUUACGUAUAUAACCUUGAAGAAUUUGUCGCAAAAUUAAUUCCAAUCGAUCCUGGCUCCCUCAAAUUCCAAUAAUUUAGUCACGCAGAGACUUGACGAUAAAUGGCUAACUAAAUUCUAGGUCUUCUCCCAAUCGCGCUGCCUUC